AUGGAGCAAAAUGAUGCGAAAUGCAAUUUAUUUAUCAAUUUGGGUAGUGAAACUGUUUCCGAUUCAAGUGCUUCAGAAAUUUUAAAUGAUGCAGUAAAAAAUAUUGAUGAUUGUCGUACUCCAUUAGCUGAAUUGCCAAUAAAAAAAGAUUUUUCGUCGCCAGAAGUUACUAGUAAGGCGGAAAGACGAGAUUUGGGAAAUUCUGCAGCGAAUAUUGCUGCAAUGCAAAAGUUAGAUGAAACGCCAGCUGUACCACCGAGACAUAAAAAACGGCGUGUAACUGAAUUACGGUGUCCUGAAGUUCGAUGGUUUUAUCGGAAAAAGGGAGAAACUAAAUGGAAUUCAUUCAGAGGUGUUGAUUCGCUUAAACUCGAGAUUAGAUGGCGACAGCGAAAUAAUAUCGAAAUUGACAAAGCCACUCAGGCAAAUAUGGCCUUCAUGCAAGUAGCGAAUUCUCUUGUUGUUCAUGAUGGUCUUUAUUGCGUUUCGGAUGAUAUAACAUAUAUUUAUUCAUUUUAUUGGAAAGAUGACGAGAUGGAAAUAAGGCGAGGCACUUGGUUUCUUGCUGAAAGUAUGCAACCAAUUGAUCAGGACAUGGCUGAACCGAUUGAAAAACAUCACUUAUCCAUUUUCCGUUCGCAGACAAUUCCAGAAACAGCAGUGUUUUCUGAUAAAGAAUCCAGCAAAAAACCAAUAUUAACGGAAUUAAAAUUAAAAGACCAAUAUGAAGUACGCUGGAAUUCAGUUAUCGAUAUCACAUUGUACAACAAUUCAAAAACAAGUCGUUUCUUAAGAUAUAUAACCUGGGGAAAAGGUACAUCUUUGAAGCGUGGUUAUGAAGAAGCUGAUUGGGAAGAUGGGACGAGAGUGAUAAGUCAUCUGAUACUUGUCGUUCAUGGAAUUGGUCAAAAAGGCUAUGAAAAUCUUAUCGCAAAAAAUACCGAUUUAGUACGAGAAGCGGCAUAUUCAAUCAUGGAGAAAAAUUAUGCCGAGGAAAAAAGUCGGCCAAUGAUUCUUCCUGUUGAAUGGCGAGCUUCAUUAGUUCUUGAUGAAGGUCUCACCGAUUUUGUUACACUUCCGAAGAUGUCUUCUAUGCGACAUGCUUUAAAUUCAACCGUUAUGGAUAUAUUAUAUUAUCAAUCUCCUUUAUACAGGAACGAGAUUAUGGGUGGCUUGACGAAUUCACUAAAUACAGUUUAUACUAAAUUUAAGCAGAAUCAUCCGAAUUUCGAUGGUCCUAUAUCUUUGUUUGCUCAUUCUCUUGGUUCAGUGAUGUGCUAUGAUCUAAUGACUAAUUGGUCUCCAUUAGUAAUUUAUGAUAAAUAUGUCGCCACUAUUAUUGAAAAUUAUAUAAGCGGUGAUAAUCGAGAGAAUGUUGAUACCUUCCAUGCUUUCCAAAAUGCCCGUCAAAAGUAA